AUGGGUUUAGCUAAACCCCUAUUGUUCUAUCUAUUCUCAUUAUCUAUCCUCCCAAGUCCGUCUCUUUCAUACGACUAUGCGUCCUAUUCCAAAUCUAACGCUGUGAGAAUUGACUCGUCUCGCACUGUUCUUGCCGGUCCCCUCACGACAGUCUUUACGCCGCCUGCAUCGUGCUUUACCCCCCACACAGUUGCUUAUUAUGGCUAUCCAUGGAUAGUACAGGGCUUUGAUGGACCCAAUGGAGACGAUUGCUCCCCUGAAAGCUGGAAGUAUGAUCGGUACUUUAGUCCAGGGCAGUGUCCUUCUGGGUAUAAGGCUUGCACGCUGCCUACCGAGACGCAGAGGAUCGUAACGACGGAAAUGUGCUGUCCGACUGGCUUUGACUGCGUGGGACAAGACUUAUGCUCCAAAACAUUCAAUACUCCAACCCGCAUCACCUACACAGACUCGACUGUCUCCACUCAAAAGGAUAUCUAUGGAAUCAGAGCUACCCCCAUCCAGAUUCGUUUCGAGGCAAGUGACUCGACUGCCGUUCCUAUUCCGACCGAGUCGUUCAAAUUACCAGAAUAUACCGCGCCCAAGAAGGAACUCAGUAAGAGAGAGAAAGCUGCUAUUGUAGCUGGGUCGAUUGCUAGCGCCGUAUUGCUCGCUUUGGGGGCUUACUUUGGAUGGAAGUACUGGAAACAGAGGAAGGAGAACAGUGCCAGUGCUCUAAGAGAUUAUGAUCCGCCGCCGCCUUAUACGAAAUAA